AUGUCAACAACAGAGAACACAACAACAGUUAUAGUCCAUGAAGCUAUAAAUGAAGAAUAUGAGUGGGUUCAGUUUAACAAACAACUCCGUCUCAUUCGUUCGGUCAAAGACGAUAUGUACCAAAUGCAAAGUAUUUUGACAGCAUGUUUUGCUCCAGAUACUAAACACGCAGACGACUGGUUCAAAAACCAAAGCACACAAGAACUUUUGAGUGAAAUUUCUCUAGACCGACUUUUUCCGGCCAUGCAUAAAACACAUGAAAAUCGUAAAAAUUUGCCAAUAAAUUUAAGAGGUUGGUAUGUACAUAGACUUUUAGUAAAUGCAGUUGCAAUGUGGGCUUCUCCUCGUUAUGCAUGGCAUGUUUACAGACUUCUUGACGAAAUUCAUAGACAAGAACGUGAAGAGAUGGAAAAGAAACUUCAAGCAAAAGAUGAAGUCAUUGAAGCAAAAGAUGAAGUCAUUGAAGCAAAAGACAAAAGCAUUCAGAAAAGAAUACCACGUUCGGUACCAAAAGGUAAGGAAAAGAACUAUAAGUAUAUGAUUUAUACUGAAGAGAUGGAAAAUGAAGAAGAUAAAGAUAUGGUUAUGUUGCAUUUAGUCAGAAGAAACAACAAAAGCUUUUACGACCUUGCUAAGAUUUACAAAUCUGACAGAAAUUG